AGUUGUUCAGAAAUUUUCGCGCCUUCCUAAGCAAUGAAAAGGUUGAUUGUACACGUAUAAUUAGAUAAUAUAUAUCAUUGACUAAUCUUGAAUUAAUUAUAUAUUGCAUGAAUUCAUGAUAACGAAAUUGAAUAGAAUCAUGUCGAUAUCGUUGCGAAAAUUGAAGAAAAGAGCAACAUCAGAAGUCGAUGAAAAACCACCGAAAAAAUCGGGUAGAUUCGAUGGUUUGUCAGAAGAAGAAGUAAAGAAAAAUACACUCAAAGACAUUUUGAAAGCUGAUUUAGACUUGGUAUUCGUUGGUAUUAAUCCUAGUUUGAUGGCUGCCCACACAGGAAGGUAUUACGCUGGCCCUGGAAAUCAUUUUUACAAAUUGCUUUUUGCAUCAGAACUAAUACCUGAACCUAUAACUUAUGAAGCAGAUGAUAGUCUUCUUAAAUAUGACAUUGGUUUAACAAAUAUAGUAGCUAGAGCAACAAGAUCAUCAGCUGAUUUGAGCAGGGCAGAGAUUAAAAAAGGAGCAAUGUUUGUGCACGAGAAGUUAAAAAAGUUUAAACCAAAAGUUGCUGUGUUCAAUGGAAAGUGUAUAUAUGAAGAGUUUACUGAUAAAUAUGAUAAGAGCACUUUUAAGUUCGGUUUGCAGCCUCAUCGUGUUGGUGAUACAGCUUUAUGGGUUGUACCUUCUAGCAGUGCUCGCUGUGCUAAUUUUCCAAGAAUGGAGGACAAACUUCACUUUUACACCUCAUUGAAAAAAUAUUUAGCAUAUUUAAAAGGAGAAAUUGGGGAUGUUGAUCUUAAUGAAUUCCGUUUUGAAGGAAGGUGUAAGACUGCAGUUCCAAGUACUUCAAAAAUGUGGAGACGUAAAGGUUUAUCUGCUUUUGCAAAUGGUGGUAGAAUAGUCAAUAAGGAAACGAUAUGCAUGGAUACAUCUGAAGAGAAUAUUUUGAGCAUACCUAACAGUAAUGAAUUCAUUCUGAAGAAUUCUGACAAGGGUGAGGAUGAUGAACAAAAAGAUUCAGGGGUGUCUGCUUGUCAGAGUGAUAAUUCUCAAGGAUUAUCACAAAGUGAGCAUACAGAAGAAUCUUCUCAAGAAAUAUAUUUGAAACCAAAGACAAGGUCAAAACAUACAGUCCCUGGUAUAAAAAAAAGUAAAAGCUCUACGCUUCUUCCUCGUAGAGAAAGAACAGAGACAAUUGAUUUUGUUAGUAUGAUUAAAAAACGAUUAACUAAUAAAGACCAAGAAUCCAAUGAAAAUAAUAUUGAAAACAAUGAACAAGAUAAAUUAAAAUCCGAAACUGAUGCUAAAGGAUUAAAAUAUCGAAAUUUAAGAUCAACAAAGUCAAAAAGUGAUUUUAAAUUAAAGACAAGUGAACAGAAUGAAUAGGUAAUUUGAAACCAUAUAUUGAACUACAAAACCAGAUUGUAUUUUAUACUGUUGUUACUUUAACAAUAUAAAUUAAAAUAAUAAUGUAAGACUUUGUAAAUACACUUUUA